AGCAACCUUGCACUCGGGCUCAUUCUGGUCACGCUCGGAUUCACAUUCAACAGUAAUUAUUGUCCUAGGUCCCCACAGCGCCAAGUAUUGAUGAAUUACCCGCCUGGCGUGGCUCAUGAGUUGUCCAGGCCAGAGCUGGGCGCUGAAUAAUAGGGAAACAUACUUCAACUAGUUCCGACACCCAGCCACAGAGGUCGUCCCUUUCCCUUUGCUCCUGACAAUACCGCUUGUCACUUUUCAAUUGUGGCAGAACUUGAUGAUCAGGUGGACGCCAUCGAACGUUAUGAAGGAACUGAGACAGCAAAGGGUAUCAACAAAUUAGAAACUAUGAGCUCUGCCACUUGGAUCUUUAUAUUUUCCGCCUCCGUCUAUUCAAAAAUCCUUCCAUUUUGCGAGAGCAAACACGCUACUUUCGAUCUCAUGAAGGACUGCACGUCUGGCGACGAGGUAUGCAUCCAAAUUAUCCCAUUUGUGUUUAGUGACUCGGAAGUCCUUGUGGGCAGAUUCGUGCCAUUCCCUAGCGUCACACUCAACCGCCUUGCGCCUCCAUGAUUAUUAUCUGCUCAAGCUCGAUGACAAAUUUGCAACAGCAGCCAAUGAAUCCACUGGUAUCCUGCGUCAAGAUUGCCCAAAGCUUAUCAAGAAGCAUUGUCAUGUAUCAAUGCGACGAGAAUGCCGCCCAAUCAUCAGCUAAAUUAUUCUUGCUGCUGUAGCCUAUGCACAGACAAAGUUCAAUGAUGACGAGGAGGAGAUGAGGAAUGUCUUAUCUGACUUAGAUAUAUAUGAAUCGAAACACCUCAUUACGAUACUCCAGGUUCCACCUGCUCGAUUCACAUACGACCAAUAAUCCUAUGUCUUUGAGGUAUUAUGGUGUAAGGUUUAUACACCCAUGUCGCAGUGGUGCGCAAUUUUCAUGCCUGUAAUUCCAUUGCACCGAUGAAUCUUGAUUGUUAGAUUGGCCCUUUCAUGGCUACAU